AUGGUGAUCGAGGAGGUGAGCGUUCUGCAGACUCAGCUGGAGAUAGAGAAAUCCUGCAGAGAGAAUGCUGAGGCCCUUGCUACCAAGGCAAGAGACUGACACUGCGUGACUUAGUAGUUAACACCAUAUUAAUGGUAUACCAUUACCCACUGGGCCCACUGGGCCUUUGGAGGUGAUUCAGUUGAUCUAGACUAGAGAUCAUUAGAAUGUUGGUCAUUUCUACAUGUUUGUGUGCAUAAUGUUUAUAUCCAUAAGCCUCUGAUGUGUAGGCUACAGUACAUACACGUCUUACAAUAUUACAAACAGACAACAUGCCAAAUCAGUGUAUGUUGCGGUGUGCUAUUGGCCUCUGUUAUCAGCUUCAUAUCAUCUGUCUUUAUCACAUAUAAUCCAGUGUGUGUUGUUUGUCCCCCAGUUGAACAGUGAGAACAGGAAGCUGAAGUAUCUGAGCCUGUCGUCUCGACCCUGUCUGGAUGAGAUGCUGCCUAGCAUUACAGACUGCAUUCCUCUGGAAGAGGAGACAGACACACAGGACACCAGCCCUGACCCGUACAGACAGUACCAACAGCAGGUCAAAGGUAGCUACCAGACCCGUACACAGACAGACACACAGGACACCAGCCCUGACCCGUACAGACAGUACCAACAGGACACCAGCCCUGACCCGUACAGACAGUACCAACAGGACACCAGCCCUGACCCGUACAGACAGUACCAACAGGACACCAGCCCUGACCCGUACAGACAGUACCAACAGGACACCAGCCCUGACCCGUACAGACAGUACCAACAGGGCACCAGCCCUGACCCGUACAGACAGUACCAACAGGACACCAGCCCUGACCCGUACAGACAGUACCAACAGGACACCAGCCCUGACCCGUACAGACAGUACCAACAGGACACCAGCCCUGACCCGUACAGACAGUACCAACAGGACACCAGCCCUGACCCGUACAGACAGUACCAACAGCAUGUCAACGCUAUAUAACACCCUUUGUCUUGAUUUGUCUUGACAGGGUUAUGGACCGUCUGCAAUUAAAUUAUGUUGUUCCUGUACAGCAUAUUUGGAUUCACCUUUCUGUUUUUUUUUUUUCUUAUGGUCUUUCUAGUAGCAAGAUAAAACAUGUUAAAAUGUCCAAAUGUUAGAGUAAUAGGAGCUGUAUGUCAGAAUAUUAGAAGUAGUGAAGAGAUGUCAUCACGUAGUGUCACCCAGGAAACCUCUUUAUUCCGCUCCAGAGCUCCAGGAGACAGUGGGCAGUUUGCUGGAGGAGAAGAAGUGGCUUGCCUGUCAGCUUCAGGAGCAGCAGAGACAGGUUGAAGAGCUAACCGCCCUGGUGAGUACCAACUACCAGGCCUGGUAAUCAAUAACUCUCACAGGAGGUCUGUCUCAGACAGGCACAGAAAGUGUGUCUCUUGUCUGUUUUGGGUGGGAUUCCAAGGGCUGGUGAGAGGACUUUCAUUCUAUUAUGUGAGCACGAAUGCAGAAUAUCUGUAUUCAGAUGUUCUCAUAGUUUUUAUAUACAGUAUACUAUAUUCUCAGUCGUGUUGAAGCACCAUAAACCUUGACUGUUUAUGUUUUACCAGCCUUUCUACUCUGUUCUACAUGUUUUUAUAGGCUGAAAUGAAGGAGCUUCGCAAAACCAUCGAGCAGCAAAGCAAGACCAUCAAGAGUUUCAAUAGAGGUGAGUUACAUGACAGUCUACCCACUACCCACUGUGUUCAUAUCAAUAGAGGUGAGUUACAUUUACAUUUUAGUCAUUUAGCAGACGCUCUUAUCCAGAGUGACUUACAGUUAAGUGAGUGCAUACAUUUUCAUACUGGCCCCCCGUGGGAAACGAACCCACAACCCUGGCGUUGCAAGCGCCAUGCUCUACCAACUGAGCUACAGGGGACUUACACGGGACAGUCUAUCCACUACACAUCUAGACAUCAUCAUGGUUGAGAGACAUCAUCAUGGCAGAGAGACAUCAUCAUGGCAGAGAGACAUCAUCAUGGCAGAGAGACAUCAUCAUGGCAGAGAGACAUCAUCAUGGUUGAGAGACAUCAUCAUGGUAGAGAGACAUCAUCAUGGUAGAGAGACAUCAUCAUGGUAGAGAGACAUCAUCAUGGUUGAGAGACAUCAUCAUGGUAGAGAGACAUCAUCAUGGUUGAGAGACAUCAUCAUGGUUGAGAGACAUCAUCAUGGUUGAGAGACAUCAUCAUGGUUGAGAGACAUCAUCCUCUGUAGCUCAGCUGGUAGAGCACGGCGCUUGUAACGCCAAGGUAGUGGGUUCGAUCCCCGGGACCACCCAUACACAAAAAAAAUGUAUGCACGCAUGACUGUAAGUCGCUUUGGAUAAAAGCGUCUGCUAAAUGGCAUAUUAUAUUAUAUUAUUAUAUGGUAAGAGAGGGGUUAGGCCACACAGACCGUCCGUUGAGUGGCUGGUUUUAGUUGUUUUACGGUUGGGAAAACGGCGCGCGAGCGAGAGUGGCGCGCGACGAGAGUAGAGAGAGAGCAGAGAUCUCUAUAGAUAGCAUCUAUCCUAUAGAUCUCGAUCUGAUCGAGCCUUCUCGCCGCAUCUAUCUCGGGCGUCUUCUCUCUCUCUCUCUCUCUCUCUCUCUCUCGCUCUCCUCUAUCUCUCUCUCUACUCUCUCCUCUCUCUCCUACAUCUCUUCUCUCUCAGUGUCUGUGAUGGCUACUACAGAGUAUGAGGAGAUGAAGGAGCAGCUGGAUUUGGAGCAGAGCCUGAGGGUGAAGGCUGAGACCUACGCCCACGAGGUAGACAGACAGACAGGCAGGCAGGGGACUGAGCAGCAGCAGAAGCACUAGUCCUAGUCUGGGGACUGAGGAGCAGUACUAGUCCUAGUCUGGGGACUGAGGAGCAGCACUAGUCCUAGUCUGGGGACUGAGGAGCUGCACUAGUCAUAGUCUGGGGACUGAGCAGCAGUACUAGUCCUAGUCUGGGGACUGAGGAGCAGCACUAGUCAUAGUCUGGGGACUGAGGAGCAGCACUAGUCCUAGUCUGGGGACUGAGGAGCAGCAGAAGCACAGACUCAGCACUGCUUUGAAGGACACACAUAUGCUUGGGGGAACCACAGCCACAGUAGUGGGGUGUACUGUUAUCGGUUACGCUGCUUGGCCUGAGGCUGGAGAGGGAGAGGGGGUUCUCUGGAGAAUGCAGGCUGUGGUUAUUGUAGACCAUUUAGAUAAAAACAAGCCUGCUUACUUACUGCUUCAUGCUACAGUCAAAUGCUUCCAUAUCUGGAGAACCUGGGUCUCUUGUCUUUUAAAACACCUGAUCAUUCCCUCACUCCCUCCUUCCUUCCCUCCUUCCUUCCUUCUCUCUCCUCCUACAGAUGUUGGUGAAGCAGAAAGAGGCUAACAGACAGAGUAUGAUCCUGCUGCAGAACGCUGACCCCAGCCUUCAGCUCAUCAAGGCUCUGGAGGACGUGGCUAAUGUUACCAAGACUCUGGAGCAUGAGAGACUGCUGCAUCACCAGAAGGUAGGUAGAUAGGUAGGUAGGUAGAUAGACAGAUAUAUAGAUAGAUAGAUAGAUAGAUAUACAGACAGACAGACAGACAGACAGACAGACAGACAGACAGACAGACAGACAGACAGACAGACAGACAGACAGACAGACAGACAGACAGACAGACAGUCAGUCAGUCAGUCAGACGGACGGACGGGCGACAGACGUCUGACUGAUCUAGCUUCUGUAGCUGAUCUUUCUGAGGCCCAUGGAGACAAGCUGAUCUUUCUGAGGACCAUGGAGACAAGCUGAUCUUUCUGAGGACCAUGGAGACAAGCUGAUCUUUCUGAGGCCCAUGGAGACAAGCUGAUCUUUCUGAGGACCAUGUAGACAAGCUGAUCUUUCUGAGGACCAUGGAGACAAGCUGAUCUUUCUGAGGAUCAUGGAGACAAGCUGAUCUUUCUGAGGACCAUGUAGACAAGCUGAUCUUUCUGAGGACCAUGGAGACAAGCUGAUCUUUCUGAGGACCAUGGAGAGAAGCUGAUCUUUCUGAGGACCAUGUAGACAAUCUGAUCCCACUACUUCUACUCCCUGCUCUGUGCCAGACUGCUGAGACUGUCUGUUUUAGUGUGCUGAUGAGCUUUGCCCCAAAAUUCCCAUCCUUGGCAAGGGAGAGGAGAGGGUGUGUUGUUUCAGAAGAACAAGGAGGAUACAACAGGAGGGCUUCAGUCAAAUCAAUAUGUUUAAUCACAAGGGCCUUCUCUUACACAGCACUUCACAACGUCCUCGGUAGAGUGAUCAUCAACACACACUCCUAUAUGGCCUCGCCUUGUGGUGCUUGGAAUUAAAAAAACGCUGAAGGCAAAAAGCAGAAUUGCUAAUCUUGAUCACAUAACGAGUAGUUAUUUGGGGUGCAAAGCGGUUUGUAGAUCAGUGAUUCUGCACAGUCCAACUGAAAUAUAGUCAAUCUGAAUCUCAAACACACUGGGUGGUCUCCAUCCAUCUCCAUGUAGGUGAAGGCUCUGGAGGCUGAGCUACAGGAGGACACGUUGAAACAGCAGACAGCAGAGCUGCAGAGCCAGCUGGAACUGGUAGAGGAAGAGAAGAGAGAGACAGAGGGACGUCUGCAGGACGUAGAGAAGAAGAACUGUGACCUGGAGAAAAGAGGUGAGGAGAACACCAACAGGCCGUCAGUCACAUCACACCGUGGGUAACCACAGCUUUUAUUCCUAUAGCUUUUUGAAAGAAUACGUCUCCAGCGGGUACCAGUAGAAUAGAUAGUUGUCCAUCUUCUCAUGUUAAAGUGACUGGUGACCCAGGCUUCAUGUAACACACCUGUCUUGUAUAUCUUUAGUGCAAGAGCUGCUGCAGGUCCAGAAGAACACUGUGCCCUCACCAGGCCCUGAACCAGGGACCGCCCCACCCCCCGCCCCUGUUCCCCAGCCCCCUCCACCCCCACCACCACCCCCUCCCCCUCCUCCACCCCCUCCCCCAUCGCGAUGCAACCCCCUCAGGUAAGACAAUAGGCUUUUAUUAUGUUGUGUACAGGCUUGAGAUGAAUGCUCCAAUCACCAAUCUGUCUAAUUAUACUGAAUUUAAUUUACUCUCUUCAUUCAAUAGCUCACUGAUUGCAAUUAUGAGGAAAUCAACCAAGGGUUCAAAGGGGGCAUCCCCGAAGUUGGAGCAAGCUCCUGGUAGGUUUGAAACCACUGAGAAUCAAAUCUGCACCUGCCAGAAUAACAUAGAACAUCAAGGAUUUAAAUACUCAUUCAUAAUUGAGGAAUUUCUUAUUUUAAAAUCACACAUCUUUACCAUAUUAUCCAUGUAACCCUUCUGUCUCUCUCCUUGUCCUGUAGAUGGAGGUGCAGAAGGAGGUACAGAAGGAGGUGCAGAAGGAGGUUCAGAUGACGUCAAAGUGAAGGCAGUGAAUGAGAUGAUGGAGAGGAUUAAACAUGGAGUGGUUCUGAGGCCUGUCAAGGGAGGAGACACUAAGGUGAAGAGGUCAACAGUUCAUGUUUUGUUUAAUUGUGGAAAUAUAGACGACUUAAUGUCCUCCGACUGAUUACUCCCCUUUUUCUCCACUCAUCUUCUCCAAUCAACUGACCGUCUCCCCAAAGAGAGUUGCCGUAAAAGUGAGUAUAUUGACUUUUACAUCGAUUGUGUGACAGUGAAGUCUCUCUGGAUCCUAAAAUCACACAAAAAACGACAUGCCAACCCCCAUAUCACAGUGAUAAUCCACAUCAUAUGGUACUAGAGUGAAAUGGAUUAUAGCUGUUCUGUUAUUAAUCUCUUACUUAAACCAGUCUUCAGUUUGGCUUUUGGAAUGGGCUCUUUCUCUUUGUGUAACAUGGUCCAUGGAUUACCUCAGUGUAGACUGACAAAGACCACAUGCCUGCUGCUUUGAUUUCAUUUAUUUUAUAUUGGUUGACAAAAUCACCAUGACAACUUGCAGGCUCCGAGGAGAAAAUCAAUAAAAUGGCCUCAAGCUUUUAUUUUAUUCUCUCUAAUAUAGACCAGCUAUGUGAUAAACGCUAACACCAGCUGCGAUGUGUGCGUGAGCACAAAAGAAAAUGUGUGUUAUGUCCUGUUUAUUAACUUAGUUGAACUCAACCCCUAGAAACCUCCAGUAAUUGAAGAAAAGCUGCCAAAGGAGAGUGCCAUGGAAGAACUGAAAGGCAUUCUGGUAUGAAGUGUUGUUUUUUAUUAGUUGUUUUUUCUCUUUUCUUUAGUUUUUAUUUAUAUAUAUAAAAAAAAUUAUAGUUUUUUUUUUUUUUUUUGGGUGGGGGGAUGGAUCAGCUUAAUAUUGCAGAUAGAUUGUAUCUUCUAUCAAUGUAAUUGUCUGCAUCACUUCCAAUCCCCCAUGUUUUUGAUAUAUAUAUAUACUCCCCUUUAUUAUGAAGUGUUGUUUCUUUUUAUUAUAUAAGCCUUAUUAUAAGACAUUGUAAAAGCUCAUAUAUGCUUUUGAGAAGUGAUGAAACAUAUAUUUUAUAUAAUUACAUCUGUUACCAACAGUAAAGCAUGUUGUCUGUGUUUCUGGACCCCCAGGAGACGGUGAAGAAGAGUCCCAGUCGGGGGUCUCAGGAGUCGGUCCCGUCCCCCUCAGGGAAGAGCCCUGUCAGCAGUGAGCUGGAGGUCAUUCUUAGGAGGAGACGUAAACAGGCCUGCGACUCUGGAGAAGGAGGUAACAACACCAUUCGUUUGUUUGUUCGGCUUUCUUCAUUCUCCUAAAAUGGGUGUCAGUGGAGGCUCCUCAGAGGAGGAAGGGGAGGACCAUCCACCUCAGUGAAUUUCAUUCAAAUGUAAAUAGUGAAACAAAGAUAAAACUAUACUAAACAUAUUCACGUCACCAAAUAAUUUAUUAAAACACACUGUUUUGCAUUGAAGGUCUACAGUAGCUUCAGCAGCACUCUGAAGGGUAGCACCAUGGUGUAGCCGGAGGACAGCUAGCUUCUGUCCUCCUCUGGGUACAUUGACUUCAAUACAAAACCUAGGAGGCUCAUGGUUCUCACCCCCUUCCAUAGACAUACACAGUAAUAAAGACAACUUCCAGAGGACGUCCUCUAACCUAUCAGAGCUCUUGCAGCAUGAACUGACAUGUUGUCCACCCAAUCAAAGGAUCAGAGAAUGAAUCUAGUACUGAAAGUAUAAGCUACAGCUAGCUAGCACUGCAGCACAUAAAAUGUGGUGAGUAGUUGACUCAAAGGGAGAGAAAGAAAAUAGUUGAACCGUUUUGAACAAAUUAAUUUCUUCAAAAAUGAAGGAGAAGCAAGAGAGAGAGAGAGAGCUAGCUAUAUUUCUUUUUUUUCUCUCACUUUUACUUACUUAGCUAGCAAAUGCAGCUAGCUAGUUUAGUCUACUCAAACACACGGCUCAAACAGAGAGGGGUGCUAUGCUAGCUAGCUGGCUAUGGCUAUCCAACACUGGAACUCUUCCAAGUCAAGGUAAGCUUUUGGUUUUAUAAAUUUAUUGCCACCGGCGCCCGCCGGUGUAUAUGCUAAACUGCUUUCUGACUGUACACUGUACUGCAUGAUUGUAGCGGGUUUACUAACGCGUUAGUUCUAGUUGGUCUAGUUGACUAGGACGUGACAACGAUGUAGGCUGUGUGUAGUGGUUAGUGGUCAUGAUAUAAAGGUUUGGCUUGGAAAGGUUUUUCCGCCUGGUCACAGACAGCUGAUGUGUUGUGCACUGAAGUCCACAAGCAAAUGGAAUAGGUGAGAGGAGGCGAGCGCGUAGAUGCGAGAAGGAAUUAUAUAUACAACGAGCAAAGGGAUCAUGCUGUUUUUAACGUGGCUGCUAUGAAAGUGAACUGUGUUUGCGUGUGAUCAGGGGUGUAUUCAUUCCACCGAUUCUGUUGAAAAAACGUUUCUUAAACGGAACAAAACGGGGAUGAACACACCUUAAUUUGUCUAGUAGAAACUCUCAUUUGCAACUGUUGGACUAAUGAUUACACCCUAGAUCAGCUAGAUGCAGGCAAGAAUGUGCAAGGUGGUAUUGAAUGUGUCACUGUCUGUCACCUUGAUUACUCAAAAUUCUCUCGACCUGUGUGCACCUACAUUGUAAACUUUAAUUGAUAGGCUAGGUUGUAGCAACCUCAUGAUGGGUACAGGGAAUAUUGGCGUAUCAUGUAGUAGCCUAAACCUAUUGAUGUUACAUUGAGCUGGGUGAAUGGAAUAUGAAUGACAGAAUUAAUAGAAAUAAGGCCAUGCUCAUAAAACAUUUUUGCAUUCUCCUUCAUCUUAAACGGCACCAACCGCCACUGAUAGGUAUAUACAGACUAUAUGAGUGGCCUGGUGAAAAAGAGAUGCCCAUUCCAGCCUUGACUAUUCUCCAUAUCCCCACCAGAGGGCUCAAUAGACCCUGCCAUGAUCACAUACAGUACUCUAACCAUUAAACUAUAGGCCAGGGCAUGCAUGAUGUCACGAUUCAUUAGUGGUGAGCCACAUUCACGUGUUGUGAAUUCAAUAAAAAUUAUGCAGUGCAGUUUUUGUAUCCAGUUCUUAGAAUAUCUUUGCCUUUGAAAUAUGUCCAGGGACAAUCGAGUGUACUGAACCUGUGGUUAGAUGAUAGGCCUACAGUGUACUGACCCUGUGGUUAGAUGUUAGGCCUACAGUGUGGUUGGUAAAAGCUUGCAUUACUGUUUACUUUGUGAAAUGCCAGUCAAACAUCUGAUUGUUAAUGCUCCUAGAUCAUAUAGUAAUCUACUGGAGAUAAUAACCCACAGAGAGAGUGGACAUGCUGUUCUCUUACAUCAUGUCCCUACUAACCCCCUUUGUCUCGCUCCCUCAGAUGAGAGCAGGGACGGACAAAUAAGCAAGGUCUCCUCCUCUGACAGCCUGAAUGGGAGGCACAGCCAGAGCUCCCACAGCUCCGACAGCUCAGGCAAAGAGCCAGAGGGGCCUGUAGGGCCAGGGCCUGGGCAGAGCCCCAGAGAGCCAGCCUCCCCCAGCGGAAGGGGCCCCGGCCCAGCUGUAGCAGCCAGGCGCAGGUCAGACUCUGGCCAAGAGCCCCAAGCAGGGUCCUGACAGGACAGGAGGUCCCGUACCUCUCUGUCUGAGAAAGAGGCCUACUCUGAGGCACCGGUCACCAAUGGAUGCAUUGUCAGGUAAUGUACAUCUAAGGGGGCAAUUGCUUAUUUUCAAACAAAAGGAUUCUUUCAAAGACUUUGUUGGUGUAAAAUACAUGUACAAAAAUAUCAAGGACUUUCGAAGGAGGACUUGCUCACCCUUGUUGUGUGUUCCAACAGUGGGGAGGAGCCUGAGAAGCAGAAGCCUGAGAAAUGGGCACCACAGUCCAACGGAGUCAGCCAGCCUAACCCCAGGCUGAGUGUGGAGUCGGACACGCAUGCCUCACUCUCUCCCAGCCUUUCCGCAGGGCCCAACCCACUCAACGGGAACGGGAACACGGAUGCAGAGUGUUGAAGGUCGGCUCCAGAGGUCCCUGGCAACCAGGAAGGAAGGCUGAGGAAAGCUACACAAUUUGCACAGAAUCUCAGUUAUCUGCAGUUAGAGACACUUAAUUAAAAAAAGCUUUAGGUUAUUUUAUUUUAUGCACAAACUAUCUCGAUCUGAUGUGACUUUUUGUCAUCAUCUGAUGGAAUGCACUGUUUUAGAAUCCAACCUUUUUUUUAAAUCAGUUUCUCUCUCUUCUUCUUUAUAGUGAACAGGAAUUGAAUGAUACUUCUAAUCUAUGGCACAAACUAAUUUGAUUCUAGUUCUGCUUCUUCCUUACUCUUCCUGAAUCUAAAGAACACACUACCCUACCGUAAGACUUUCAGUAAAGUUACUGCUUACUUUAUGCAGCAGAAGCACCACCUAAACAUCAACACAAAGAACAAUGUUUAAGAUCUGGGUCAUCAUAAGCAAAUAGAAACAGAUAUUGCACAUUAUUUAGGCGAUUUUGCGAUUUAAAGCUGGAGCUCAGUUUCAGUUUGUGGAUGCAAAUGAAAGCCAUGCACGUGUUUCAAUCAAAGUAGCCUACCAUCCUUGACGAAUUAGGUGCUUGUGUACUCAGUCUACCUCGUAUUAGACACACUUGCCUCUUGACUAUCCUAAAUUGUAUUUAAAAGGGAAAAACAUGAUAUAUUAUCAUCUUCGUGCAAUGGCACAACAUGUGUAAAUGUCCUCCACCUACAUUCCCAAGCUGUAUAAGGUGCUUUGUUCAUAUUUGCUGGGAUACUCCCGUUGUUUCUUUACUGCUGUAACCUGGAUUUCAUCCUAUAUGUAUUCCCCACCUGUAUUAUGUUAGUAGGUAAUGCUUUCAGAUACAACCUAAAACAGUACAACCUAAAACAACUGGAUUAAACAGUAUGCAAACUUAACUGAUACAGCAACUUCAUCUAAUAAAUAAAUACAUUUGAAGGCUCAUAGGACAUU